AUGUGCCACUUUCAGGUCUCCUCACACUGCUGGUGUGUAGAAUUUUUUGACAUAGGGUGCUGGCAGAUUACGGGCCUCCCAUAGCUGCUGCCAGGCCCCUAAUCUGCCAUAGGCCCCUAUAUACCGCCUCCUCAUGCUGCUGCCAGGUCCAGAGUCUCUCAUGGGUCCCUGUACGGCCUCCCAUUGCUGCUGUCUCCAUCGCCACACUCUGCCAUGUGCCACUUUCAGGUCUCCUCACACUGCUGGUGUGUCCAGAGUCUCUCAUGGGUCCCUGUACGGCCUCCCAUUGCUGCUGUCUCCAUCGCCACACUCUGCCAUGUGCCACUUUCAGGUC